AUGUGUCAACAAGACUUACUACAUGCUUUCCUAAAGGGACUCCCCAAAUGCGAGCAUCACGUUCAUCUCGAGGGUUGCAUGUCUCCUGAACUUAUCUUCCAACUCGCAAAGCGUAAUGGCAUCAGUCUGCCUGAUCCAGCAGUCCAGCCAGCAUUUGAAUCAGUUGAGACUUUAUCUACUCGCUAUGAGCACUUCUCUUCUCUGGAUGAUUUCCUCCACUUUUACUUUGAGGGCAUGGCUGUUUUGUGCACCGAGCAGGACUUUGCUGACCUUGCCUGGUCUUAUUUCGAAAUCGCCCAUGCCGAUGGUGUACACCACGCCGAGGUAUUCUUUGACCCGCAGGUGCACCUCGACCGUGGAAUCCCCUACGAGACUAUCGUCGGUGGUUUCUCAGAGGGCUGCAAGCGUGCCGAGCGCGUGCUAGGCCUCAGCACACGGCUAAUCCUGUGCUUCGUUCGACACUUGCCUGUUGCCUCAGCAAAGAGCGUUUAUGAUCAGCUUAUCAAUGCUCAACACUUUGAAUCUGGUGUCGUUCACGGUCUUGGCUGGUCUUCUAGCGAAGUCGGUCCUCCCAAAGACAUGUUCCGCGACAUUUACGCGCUAGCUAGGGAAAAGAACAUCCCCCUUACUGCCCAUGCCGGUGAGGAGGGUGACCCGACAUAUAUCAGCACUGCCCUUGAGCUCGGCGCCACACGUAUCGAUCACGGUAUCCGCCUCGUCGAGGAUGAAGAGCUCAUGCAGCGUAUCGCUCGCCAGGGAACCCUGCUGACCGUCUGCCCUCUGUCAAACGUCCGCCUCCGCUGUGUGAAAUCUGUCUCUGAAGUUCCUAUCAGGAAGUUCCUUGAGGCUGGUGUGAAGUUUUCGAUUAACAGCGACGACCCUGCCUACUUCGGCGGUUACAUUCUGGACAACUACUGUGCUGUCCAGGACGCUCACAAUCUUUCUAUCCCCGAGUGGCGCACUAUCGCUGAGAAUAGUGUACAGGAGAGCUGGAUUGAAGACUCGCGCAAGGCGGAGUUGUUGGAGAAGAUUGAUGUUCAUGUCAAGAAGCAUCUUACUUUGUCUGUUUAA